AUCUACCAGAGUCCUUAGGACUCUGCUGCUUCGGUUCUAAGCUAAACCUCUUUUUUUUUCUCCGACUCCACUUUUCCUUAAACGGCGAGAGCGACAAACCGGCACCCGACGGGCACAAACCAUCUGAUUGCACCUGUGCACUGUCUCCAUCAUGCAGAGAAGGUGCUGGAUUACGCACCUUUCCUGUGCACCCUGUCGGACGAUGUGGAUUUAACGGUGUUUGUGUUCCCACCGGACGGCAUGUGCGAGGUGAUCUACUUCGACACGCUCUACCUCUACUUCAAGAACGUGGUCGGGAAACCCAUGACGAAGAACCUGAUCGACUUCCUCGAUUACUCCAAGGCGCACACCAACCGGACUCAGUACGGCGUCGGCAUUUCUUUCUACAACUACACGGACAUGAACAACUUGUUGUUAAAGCAAAAUGAGACUCUGUAUCGGUAUCUUGACUAUCUCGAAGAUCACAAAGCCAACAACUACGCCAUGCUCGACUGCCAAGACAGGUUCCAUCGAUCUUUUUCCGUCGCCUUCUUCAUGAUAGAGUCAUUUCAGGAAUACCACGAAAGCAAAGGUCAGCGUGUCGGCUUCAACCUGGUCUCCUCAAUAUUCGACAACAAAACCCUGCACGGAAUUAAUAUGUACGACAACCCCCUAAAUGAAAUCAAUUCACCUCCUCUCAAAUAUCUGCGCUACUACGUCUUCCUGACUCAUUAUCCGACCAGCGAUUACGUUGACGGCGACAUCUGCUUCGUCAAGACGCCGCAGGUGUUCUUCAGGCCGACGAAAAUUUAUGCCAACAUACUGUAUCCAGGUUGGACCUAUCACUGCAAUAUGCUCGACGCUUACGAUUACGAGUAUUUCCUAAGGACCUACAUGCCCCACUUGGACAAGUACCCGAGGGCCAUCACUUUCACCCUGAAGCAGUACAACGAGAAGCCUCGGUACCCCGACAAUAACGAGCCCUCCAUCGGUAACUACAGUUGGAACAACGAAUGUGCGCUGCACCCGAUUCCUCCCGGUGGGCAAUACCAGUACCCGGCGGGCUGGAAAGGGUUUGCGACUUUUGGUUAUCUAGUUGCACUGCUCUAG